AUGAGGGAGAUCAACGAUAAUGACAGGGACCCGGUCCAUGCGUAUUACUUGCCGCUUCAUGCAGUGAUGAAGCCCGAUAGCACCACGACCAGGCUCAGAGUGGUGUUCGACGCUUCGUGUGCGACAGAUACGGGAGUUUCGUUGAAGGAUGUGCUCAUGGUUGGACCAGUUGUCCAAGAGGAUCUGCUGUCCAUUUUGGUUCGAUUCCGGUUUCACAAGUUCGCAAUUAUAGGCGAUGUGGAGAAAAUGUACCGCAUGGUUAAUGUUCAUCUGCAAGAUCAGCCUCUUCAAAGAAUUCUGUGGAGGGAAUGUAUUGACGAGUCUAUUCGUACAUAUCAACUAUCCACUGUUACGUACGGAACGUCUUCAGUGCCCUAUUUAGCGACGCGGUGUCUUAACAAGUGCGCCGAAGAAGGAGAAGAGAAGCAUCCACUGGCCGCCAGUACUAUAAAGAAGAACUUUUACGUGGACGACAUGUUAGCAGGUGCUGAUUCGGUUAAAGAGGGUGUUAAGCUCUGUAACGAAGUUUUAUCACUUCUUGGUUCGGCAGGAUUCAAUCUUUGA